AUGAAUAAAGGAAAGAAUAAAAAUGAGACAAAUGCUAAGAAGAUCUAUGUUGAAUCACCCUCGAAAAUCUCGAAUGAUAUCGGCCCUCUAUCGAUGGUCACCCGAAACGUUUUGAGAUUCAAGUGGAGCACAUUCCAACGAAAUUACCGUUGCCUAGAGACGUGCGUGCUAAUCGGUUGUGUUUAUGACGCGCCGGAGGUUUUUUUCCCAAAAGCACGUGUCGGGAUGGACGAGCAAAGUGAAGUAAUUAAGCCAAUUAAUGAAUUGGACGAAAGAGUCGGCAGCAGAGAAAGUGUACAGAGUGACGACAAUAAUUCUGAGCUAGAGAAAGUGUUCGAUUCAAAGAAUGACGUCGGCAGAAUUUUACUCGAAUUCAUUGACGCAGAUGCUUAUAGUGAAUAUCCUGAUACAUAUUACACAUUUAGUGCAAGAGAGCGAUUGCUUUUAAUUUUCACCGAAACCUUUCGACGACAAUUUGUCAGCACUUAUCCAGAACGCAAGCCACUUGUAUUGGCCAUUCCCAAUGAAUGUGCCAUUCAAAAGUUUGUUUCAACCACCGUGCGGCCGACUUCGUCUCUCUUCCGCGAAUUAAUCGAUUGCUGGGAUGGUCCAGCACAGUUUGUUGCCGAUUUCAUCACCUAUGAACCGCUGAAAAAUCCACUUCAAUUGCCUUCUCGUUUAGUUUCACCGGAUACACUGUUGAAACGUCGUUCGGGCAACAGUUUUGAAAUGGCAACGCUUUUAUGUAGUCUAUUAAUAGCCAAUCGAUAUGGUGCCAUGGUUGUAAGUGGGUAUGCAAGUCGUGAGGUGACGAACAACGAUCAGAAGCGAGUUAAUUGUCCCAACAUUCCAAUCAGAUUAUCAAAGCAACCGGCUAAAGAGCCACACACUACAGGAAAAUCCAUUGAAAUGAUUACAAAUAAAUACGUGUUACGCGACCCGAUCGAUUUGAGGAGUAAAUUUUUACUUGAUGUCGAAGCACACAAAUUACAAAGGGCAUGCGAUCAAGAACAUCAAGAAAUGGAGCGUCAAUUGGAGGAAUUGAAGAUUUUGGAACAACUACCGGAUGAUGAAGAUUAUGGUCAUCGAAGGCAUUCGUGGGUUGUAAUUCUGUCGAAUGUUGAAUGGGCCGCAAAAAAAUCAGCCGAUUCGAACCACGAAUUCGAUGCAACUACACCAAUUCGACCAUUUUUCAUCGAACCCUCGACAGGACUUCAUUUCUCUACAAACGAUCGGAACUAUUCAGCAAUUGACAGCGUUUGGAAUGAAAAUAACUACUACGUUGGUUACAAUUUGAAGAAGUAUUGUUCCUUUAAAAAGAGAAGCGAUACGCCCGAUCAAUUGCGAAGCGCCAAUAUCAAUUUUUGCGCCCGAUACUUGGAUAUGCCAAUAAGUUGGGUGAAACAAUUUCAUGUGACGAAUGCAGAAUAUGAUGAACGUUAUCCGAAUGGAUGCAAGAAGAUUUAUUACAAACGAGUGAGGCUGGAGUUGUUUGCACCGUAUUCACACGACGAUGGUGUUGUUAAACGACUAACUCAAUACAAAAACUUGGACCAUACCGAUGAAAUUGUGUGCUGGCAAUGGUAUCACAAUCGAGAGGAUUCACUUGAAACCGUCGAGAAGGACUUUGAAACAAAUCAAAUUAUAGAAAAUUACGCUAACGGUCGAACCGACUCUUUGCGCCGGUUCACUAGGCCAAUUGAACGUGACGGUGAAAAAACAUUCGAAUACUACGACAAUUCACGAUUAGAUGGUUUAUUAAAACUUGAAGUGGCACCCGAAUACGUUCGCGAGUACUAUGAGUACAGACCAGACAGAUUUCUUGUAUUCCGCGAAUUUGUCACCAAUAAAAAUGGCAAUAAGAACCUACUUAAAAUUGUUGAGAAGUUUCGUCGCAACGACCAAAUUCCAUUUCACGAAAACAUUCUGAAGCGUACAUUCGACAUUGCAGAGAAAAAGAUUAUCUUGCAAUUUCAUUACGGAAACAACGAUAUAACGCCGACCAUACGAGUUUAUACAUGCCCACCGAAACCAGACUAUGGAUGUGAAAUACUUUUCUAUGAAGAAGAUAAUCCAGUUGAUGAGACCAACAAGUAUGAGAGAAAUGUGCCGAAAAUAGAACGGUAUUACACGUUGCUUCAGCAACUUCGUGAUCAAGAUGAAUGUAUAAAAACAUUCGAAAAGCGACUGUUGCACAUUAAAUCAACGAUUGUAGAACAUCAGAACAAUGCCGAACAUCCCAUUUUGACAGCAAGCAUUUAUGACCCACUACGGAAUACUAUGUGGAGAUCACGACGAUUGGCUGAGAACGAUCGAAUCGAAAAGCAAGACACCUUGGCAAAAACCAUGGCUCCAGAUAUCCUAGCACCGUAUCUUGUUCACUUUGACACCAAACCAAAUACCAUCGAAUCGGUGCAAAUCUACGAAAAGUGUCUCAACGACAUUCAAACUGACUUUACGGAGCGUUUGGCGGUACUUCGUAAAAAGCACGAAGAUGUUUGUGCUGAAAUAGAGAAUCUCAAGCGGUAUCUCGAAUUGUAUGGGAAUAAAAUUAAGAAAAAGGAAUAUGACGAUUACAUCAAGCAUGGCUUCGAGUUGAAUCUUACGUGGCGAGUAUUGAAACAGCGAAUUAUUGACGUUGAACAAGAGUACGAGCGGAAGUACAAUGAUGCAAAGGAGCAAUUGAAGCAUGACACACGCUUGACGGUCGACACAAUCGUGCAUCUCGAUGAAAAAACACAAUAAAACCAGAGUGUGAAUUGCAAUUUUUACUCAUGUGUUUAUUUACAUAAUUUCAUUUGAACUUGUCUUAUUUUUUGGAAAAAAUAUUUUUCGUCUAUGUCAUGUUGUAUUU